UUUCCAUUGAUCUUUGCGAAGUGGCAAGUGUUGAGCGUUGUCUCUCGUCGAGGGGUUGUGUCUUUUUUUUUCGUGUUCGUAUCUUUCGCUCGAAGCAAAACGAGAAGACAUCGGAAGUGUCUUUAAAAAGCGCGUCCCUUAUCUGUCGCCGACAUCUGUGCACUCGCCCUAAACCCGGACGCCUCCGAGGAGUGUUUCCUUAUUUUUGUUCCCCACCACUUCGAUGACGCCCGGACUCCGUUACCCGCUCCACCGAGUAGUACUUCCCGCUUGUUCGUGAGUGGUGAGCCGUGGUCAGCGACGAGUGCCCGCCGCACAAGUGCUUCCUGUGUUCCUAGUGCGAAGAGACGGAUUUCGUUUGUUUCUUUUCUUUUUUUUUUUUUACCGUCACCGAUGGCCCUCGCCAACGCAUCGGGUCGCAGCUACGCCUUCAAAGUUGUGCUGCUGGGCGAAGGUUGUGUGGGCAAGACGUCGCUCGUGCUACGUUAUGUCGAAAACAAGUUCAACGACAAACACCUCUCCACGCUACAGGCAUCCUACCUUGACAAGAGGUUGAACAUAGCUGGAGAGCGGGUCCAGCUGGCCAUUUGGGACACGGCAGGCCAGGAGAAGUUCCAUGCUUUGGGGCCCAUCUACUACAGGGACAGCAAUGGGGCAGUGCUUGUGUACGACAUCACAGACGAGGGGUCAUUCCUCAAGGUGAAGAACUGGGUGAAGGAGCUGCGGAAGAUGCUGGGCUCGGACGUGUGCCUCACCAUUGCGGGCAACAAGGUCGACUUGGACAAGCAGCGCAACGUCUCCGCAGCGGAGGCCGAGGCAUACGCCGCUUCAGUCGGGGCCACCCACUUUCACACCUCGGCCAAGCUGAACCGCGGCAUUGACGACCUCUUCCUCGACCUCAGCAAGCGCAUGAUGCAGGUGGCCAACACCAACGACGAACAGCAUCGCAACAGCCUCGGCCGUGGAGGUAACUCGCGGCGCACGGUGGUCAUCGUCGACGACAGUCCCGUGCAGAAGACUAGCUGCUGUGGAGGCUGAAAGGACUGUGCCGUCAUCCUCGGCGUUGCUACGAAAGUGCUAUUGUUUUUGUUUCUGUCCGGGAUAUUCUCGUCUGCACCGGACCGCCGCUCGGAAAGGCCACCGUGCCACCACAUUCGUCAGAUUUUCUUUGUUCCUUUGCACAGACUGGUUUUCAGUGUCUCUUCUUCCCUCUCUUCGAAGCAUGCCAUGUGCUGCUCUGCAAGCCGCUCGUGUUUCCACACAUUUUUUUACCGUUAAUCCUAAGAGCUUAAACCUCUCAAUGUGUCUCUGUGUGUGUGCGUGUGCAAGAGCAUCGAGGACUCGAAAGAAAGAAAAGCAAGUUAUUUUAUUAUUUCCUUCUCUUUGCAGUCUCUUUGUCAUGUAGAUUUUGUAGCAGCAGCUGUUUCGGUGUUUAAUAGAGCUUGCAAUGUCACGUAGGCAACUUGUAGGUGUGUUUGGUGAGCGUGCAAAACUCGAUUGUACGAGUGCGCAGGAGGAGUGUGGAUGUUUGUGCCGAGUGCCGAGUGGAAACGAACAGUUGUGCACACAUUACACUUGUGGCCAACGUUGUCGCAGAUCUCGUACGUGUCUUCAGUGUAAGGUGAUGUGGCGAGUCGGUAAUGUGAUGCCUCUUUGUACAGUGUAGUCUACCGUUAAAGGAAGCGCGUGAAUGUACAGUGCAUGCGAAUGUUUCCUUCUGACAAGCGUAUAUUAGCCCCUUUUGCACCAGAUGACUUGGAAUUGGUGGUGCUGGCGCCCUUCGACAUACCUGCGUAGUGCAGCUAGAAAGGCAGGAAAGUGGGAGCCACGCAUUAAAGUGUUCCGUUUAACAGUGGGCUGCACUGUACACCCUGCCAUACCACAGUUUUGAAAAGCACAGUUCACACAGUGGCAGCUGUCGAGCGAUAUUUUGUGACUUCGUAACAACCUGGCACAACAACUAAGUAGCUAAUUUCUCGAAAGCCAAGCAUCAGAUGUCUCGGGCCCACAUUUUGUGACAGUUAGUUAUUUUGUACAUUCAUUCCUCUGUCAUUCGCUUAUAUGCUACCAUUACAUGCACGAUCAGCCACUCGGCACAAUAUAUAAGGUUAGAGCCGGAGGAAGAGGAUUCACCAAAUAUGACCAUUGGAGGUGGUUCCUUAUUGCGAAAGAUAGCCAUAACUGUGGCAUCUUUACAAGUUGUUUUUUUUUUCUUUUUUGCCACAUUACCCAUGGCCCUCAGAAAUGCAGAAGAAAGCAGGCAGAUAGAAUCCCACCAUAUUGAGUGAUAACAAGGCCACUGUGCUGGAAUUAUCUUAUGAUAUGGUAUGUAAUACUUGCAAGUUCUAGCAGACGACACUAAUGCAGACUGUGUUUUUCUCAUGUACCUGUGUGUUGCGUACCUUGGACAGUGACUGCGUCAGCUAGUGUACAUAAUAAAAACGAAACACUACUUGUUCAUUUGCAUUACAAAAUAUGCACCAACUGAGGAGGUGUUUGCACAAAUUAUAGCAGCAAGGGUUGUCAGGGAGGAGCAUUUCUACUGAAACUGUUUCUUUAGUGGAAGGAGACUGCAUAUCUUUCUAUUAACUUUUGUAUAGAGUGUUGUGAGGAUGAAUUCAAAGUCUUCGGUAGUGAUAGCUUCAAGUCGUCUGAGCAUUCCUUUUGUAACUGAUGUGAACAACUAUUGACAGUAGUAGCUAAAUGCAAAACAGUUGUUGCUCAAAUUCAAUUGCGAGUGCACUGAUAAGUCAAAAAAUAGACCGGCAUGACCUGCGAGAAACGUGAACCUGAUGUGCAUACCAACAAAAGAGUGUGCAUUGCUGUGCUUAUGUAAAUAAGUUUUGUAUGUUAGUGUAGUUUUAUUAAACCCCAGAUCAUUACAGAGUUUCCCUGAUGGUCAGGAACACUGUGCUAUGGUUUUCAGUGGCUAGUUUGCAGUAAAAAUAAAAGGCGUAGUUAGUUUGCAAAGCGUGAGAAUUAUGCAGUGUACGUAUUUGUAUGUUAGAACGUUAGACCAAAUGAUAUUGUCCUACAUAUUGUCACUUUGUGACACUAUGUAGAAAUUGUGACAAAGUACAGACCUUAUUGAUGCUCUAGUGGACAUUUUAUUUACAACUCCACGGGCGACACAACUUAUUACUACAUCGUGGGUGAUAAUUUUGUAACAUGUUACUUUGGUGCCGAGGCACCUAGCAUACUCGGAGCAUUGCUGGCAGCAGGCAACGUGAAAAAAGUGAUACAAGAAAAUUUUGUUUACUCUGUCAAAUUUUGGCACAUUAUCAUCCUCGAGUUAAAAAAAAUGUAAGCAUAUAUAUUUCGCAUAUGGUUCUGCAUUCAUCCGUAGUACUGAUGAAAGCUUAUCCUGGAAAAGAGGCUUUCCCUAAGCACGCAUUUUAAAUCUGAUAUGUUUCAAUAUAGACUGUUGAAAUUUUUACAUGUUACUACGCACACUUCAGCAAACGUUACGAAUUCUUUUGGCAGCACAUUAACAUCGGCAGACAUCAGAACCAAGCUGAUAAUCAGUGGCAAACUCAUUAUGUGGCAUUUGCUAACUUUUUAAUAUUCAUUAAUUAUAAAGGACACACUAUUGCAAACGCUGCUCUAAGCAUGUCAAUUUUCUAGAAUUCCCACUACAUACACUAGUUCCAAGGCUGCCUAUGAAAUAUGUGGCAAAGCAGGUACAUUGAUGUUCCAGGAAGAUCUAUAAAGUGGAUCAAUAACAUAAUUUCUGCACAAUUAAUCCCUUGAUUGGCGCUUGUGUCGGCGCUCAUAGUUUACGCACAUGCUUUGAGCAGUGGCACUAUAGUUCUAAGACAUGUGCAAUUGAAUUUUGUGCCAAAAUUUAUUGGUGUUCCACUUAAAGCUUUUAUGUGUAACAGUAAUUGCAGCUCAAUUCUGGGCAGUAAUCCUUUGAUCAGUGCUAGUCCGAAGAUGUGUAGCAGUUGCUAUCUCCCAUUAUGCCGUUACAUGUUACAAGGCUUUGAGGAAGAGAAAAAAAAGAUUGGAAAUGCACACAAAAAUUGCUAGAAUGAAAAACAUGUAUAGCAUACCUGAUUAAAUCAAGCAGGCUUGGCGACUAUUUGUCACCUAGCCUAGUUUCAGAGUUGCACCUAGUUUCAAAGGGGAUGCCAAUAAAUCAUCAUCAUGUCCACUAAAGUUAAUGACAAAAUGCUAUUGUACGUACAUCGCAUAAUGAGUAUGUCACUGAUUAAUUGUGAAUUUUUCGUCCAUUAGCACUAGUAACCAAGUCAGGUUCCGGCAUGACAUGUCGACAUUGACAGUAACGAAAAUUUCAACUUCUAACUUUAAUGCUUUCUAGCAGUUUUUAAUUGGUAAAUAAUUGUGCUAUUCAUGGUUGUCAAUUGAAUGCAGAGUUAUUUCUAGCUAUUUAUUACACUCUGUGCAGGCAUUAUGCACAAAUACCUGUACUUACUAGUCGAACAUUGCUUGGAUGCUUUUCCACCGCUGAAGGUAAACGCGUGUGGCACCAUAUUAUGGCUUUGCCUGGCGAAUAGCCCAAUUUGACCAACUAGGUGCAUGCUUCGACGAAGUGGCGAGCUAUUAUGACAAGGCCAUGGCUUCAAAGCUGUUGAGUUGACUGGCAUAUUAUAUAUUUGCGAGCCUGACAAAUCCUUUGGGCCUUGCGAGACGGUGUGGCAUUGAUGACUCUGCCUGCUUCGUUAACUUGUGACUGAAUAGAAGCGAGUGCCACCCAUGUUCCAAAACUUGGCGCAGAAUUGCUAGAAGCUGAGGAACAAGGUUUGCCAAUUUUCUUUCUUGCAGCCGUGCCAUCACUGUUAAGCUGGAAUCCUGAGAGCCCUGGAAAUGUCUUGGGUAGCCUUGUCCACUCUGCUUCACAGUUCAGUCACAUCUAUUUAGAGUCAGCUGCUGAAAUUGGAAUCGUGAUAGACUGAAUCGCUGCCUUAUCAGCCUUCAGACAAGCAUGAUGUGGUUUAGUGGCACCAGAUGCAGGCAGAUGCAGGUGGUGUAGCAAGUUCUUCCUCGGAGUACUGAAUCAGCUGUUCAGUACACCGUGUGAAUCCAGCCUUUUAAAAAUGCUGCCAGUUUAAGCAGAUGUUGGAAAGUUCACACUCAGGAACUCAAAUGGACAUAUGACCUGCUUUUCUAUGAACUUGAAGCCAAAGCUGCUUUGCUAUUUUGUCCACCUUCCGAGCACUUUCAAGGAAAAAAGGCCCGUAUAAAGGAGCGAUUCCUCCCACGCACUUCACUUCAGAAGUGCGAAAAGGAAUGGCAUUGGCAUCGAAUUGUUACUUCAUCUCGGCCAAGAUCGCAUUGCAUUAUUUUGUUGUCUUUUGUUUUAAUGCACAGUUCACUUCUUCAGGUGGUGCUGGACAACCUCAAAGCCAGUGUGCACAGACAGCCUGAACUAUAGUGCCAUGAUGGCAAGAGAUUUAUGAAUAGAAGUGCAGCAGUUGUAGUUCUUGGGGAUGACUAAAAGGUUCUCAACAUUACAGAGUGACACAUACAUUCAAAAUUGUUGAAACUGUACCGUGCAGUUCUCACACUUAAAAAGGUUAGGCUUAGCAAGGAUGACAGUUGGGAAACAUUGUAAUUCGAUACUAAAGCUGGUUUCAAAAGGCUGAGCCUGGCGUCAUUGACAUUAUCUCGAUGUCAUGACGGAGAGCAAAAUAUGCUGAUGUCAUCCAGCAUUAGGUAUGGUGUCACUUGUAAAAAAAAAGUAACGAGGAGAGCUGCGCGGCAUUUGUUGUGGCUGUGCUCGUGUGGCAGCCACAGCAAUUGCAGGAAUGGAGCAAUGCAGUGUAUUGCGACGUCGUAAUGCACUCAAAACUGGUUACCAAAACUGGUUUUAUAAUUGAGUGUGACAGUAAAACGUUCAGGGCACUCCAACGCUUAUCACCAUUUUUCCCCGAGUUUAGAGUGAUUGGACCGUUAGCACAUAAAAAAUAAUGACAGGUCGGAAACAUCACAUUGGUGCUCCUUUAAGAAUGCAUAAAUGCCAUUGGCUAAGGAGAAUAUAACACGCUGAAACUUUCGCACAAGGCUUUUGAAUACUAGGUAUACCGUGCCAAUGUUAAACAGAGGCAACAGCUCUAGCAGUGCGCAAGGUUUUUCAUCUUGCAACCCUGAACAGAGCAGUUCACGAAGAACUGUGGCAAGAAACUAGUAAUGCCAUCAACACGGUGUGUCGAUACACAGAGCGCUCUAUCUGCAACAUUCGUGUGUGUGUGUAAUGACGGGAUGCCUGCGAGCUUAGGUGAGCUGCUCGAUGAGGUUGAACAAGUGUUCCAAAGCGUGUAUGCGGCAGGAGCUCAUGUGCUGUUCAAAGCGCUUUUCGUAAAACCGUAUAAAUGAGAUAUAAUAAAGUUAUAUAUGCAGAA